CCCAAUCUAAGCUGCUUGUGCUCUCCAGCCACAAUCGAGGCUGACAGUGAGAGUACCCUCGCAGUCCUCCGAAAACCCUUCCCUCUCUCACUCCUCGCCUCCGUGAUGGCGGCGACGCCCACCGACACCACCGAUAACAAUGGUGCUGCGGCAGCGGAGCAGGCCCUGGAGGCCGAGGCCCCCGCUGCCGAGGCCACCGAGGUGAAGGAGGAGGUGCUGGAAACGGAGGAGACCCCCGAUUCAAUGGCGGAGGAGGCGUCACCCACCACGACCGCAGAGCCGGAGACGGAGAUGGCGCCGGCACCGACGCAGGGCGGCGAGAGCAAGAAGUGGCCGGGAUGGCCUGGGGACAACGUGUUCCGCCUGAUCGUGCCGGUGCUGAAGGUGGGCAGCAUCAUCGGCCGCAAGGGGGAGCUUAUCAAGAAGCUCUGCGAGGAGACGCGGGCGCGUGUUCGUAUCCUUGAAGGAGCUAUUGGCACCUCUGACCGCAUUGUUCUGAUAUCUGGGAGAGAAGAGCCAGAUGCAGAAAUAUCCCCAGCAAUGGAUGCUCUUCUAAGAGUCUUUAAACGUAUCAAUGGUAUAACAGAUAGCGGGGGUGAUGGUGCUACCCUUGCAUUUGCUGCACCUGCUUGUUCGGUUCGGUUAUUGGUAGCAUCAUCCCAAGCCAUUAAUUUGAUUGGGAAACAAGGUAGCUUGAUUAAGUCAAUUCAAGAGGGUAGUGGUGCUACAGUACGGGUUCUUUCUGGAGAUGAGUUGCCAUUCUAUGCAACCACAGAUGAAAAAAUGGUAGAGAUACAAGGCGAAUCUUUGAGGGUUCUCAAGGCACUAGAAUCAGUAAUUGGGCAUCUCCGGAAGUUUUUGGUUGAUCAUAGCGUACUUCCUUUAUUCGAAAAGAGUUAUAAUGCACCAGUCACUCAAGAUCGUCCGGUGGAUGCUUGGGCCGAUAAAACACAAUCCUUAAUCCAUGCGUCACAACAACCUGUAAUUGGAAAUGAUUAUGCUCCUCCACUGAAGCGGGAAUCUCUAUUUCUAGAUCGUGAAUCUCAAUUAGAUCCACAAAUUCCACGGAGUGGACUGUCAUUAUAUGGACAAGAUCCAUCUCUCUCUGGGUUACGCGCAUCGGGACUGGGGCGUGGUGGUGCUUUAGUGACUCAGAUCACCCAGACCAUGCAAAUUCCACUAUCAUAUGCGGAGGACAUCAUUGGCGUCGGAGGAGGAAACAUAGCAUACAUACGCCGCACUAGUGGAGCAGUACUUACCGUUCAAGAGAGUAGAGGAAUGCCUGAUGAGAUUACUGUUGAAAUCAAGGGCAGUUCUUCACAAGUUCAGGUUGCUCAACAGCUCAUUCAGGAAUUUAUAGCUGGACAUAAAGAACCACUAACAAGCAGUUAUGGAGGUCUUGAUACUGGCCUGAGAUCAAGUUAUUCUCAGUUGGCAGGUACGACUUAUCCAUCAUCAUCACUUGCAUCUCAAUCACAUGGUGGUUAUGGAUCCUCAGGAUUUGGAGGAUAUGGCGGCUAUAGGCUUUAAGCUGAGAGACAUGGAGCCAGCUGAUUUUCUGGUUUUUUUGAUCACACUAUCAACUUUCAGUCAGUUUCAUGUCUGUAAAGAUUUAGAAAAGCUAUUACUCUUCAAUGUUCGGUGUUUUAGAUGUGUAUUGUUUGGCAAUCCUCUUGUUUUGCAAUCAGAUAUUGCAAAUUAUUGAAUACGAUUAGGCAAACUGGAUCUGUGCUCCCAUUUGCUUGAGAAAACUCUAGUUUAUAUAUAUGUUGAAGCUUCUGUUCGGUGCC